AAUCAUGAGUAAGAACUACUUGUCCAAAAACGAUGAACUCCGCAAGGGGGACUUUCUGAUCUCCAACAACAGACAGUGGAAGGCCAUCUUCCAGGAGGAUGGUAACUUCGUCAUCUAUGGCUGGAAGCCUUUUUGGGCUUCAGAUACUUCCGGAUCAGACGGAAUGCGCGUGUGUAUGCAGGAGGAUUGCAACCUGGUCAUGUACAACAAGUGUGAUCAACCCAAGUGGCACACAAACUCCUACAGACCCACAUCCAAAAUGUGCCGCCUUCACCUGACCGAUGAGGGAAAACUGGUGGUCAGCAGGGAAAGUGAGGAGCUCUGGAACUCCGAUAAAGACCAUGGCAAGAAGUGAUUCACUGUGAGCGUUACGCCUUGUGAUAAUAUUGAGUUACUAGUGAACCUUCUGUAUAAUCUGUGAUGAAAUAAAAGACAUUUAUCACAAAGCAGGAA